AUGUCCAACAACACUACCGAAACCGAAAGAUACAGAGAGCUACUUGCUUCUCUGAUAUCUAGCGCUUCUUAUGCAAGAGCUCUAUCGGAAGUUUCCUCCUCCUCUGAUAUAGACUUCUUAGCCAAGGUUCUUCUUGAUAUCGCUAAUGCCACAAAUAAGAGCCAACAGCUCAUCAAAGAACUCAUCUAUUUUGAAAUUAGUAAAUAUCAACACAUGCCCACAACAAUUUUCAGAAGUAAUUCUCUUGCUAGCAAGGCUUUGGGUCUGUAUGUACGAGAUGUGGGCUACCAAUACUUGAAAAGCACAAUUGGUUUGCUUUGUGAUGAGCUCAUACUUGAGAACCGAAGCCUUGAGAUUGAUCCAAAAGCUCUUGAAGAAGAAAAAGAAGGUGAUAAAAAGUUGCCUCAAAAUAUUGAGAAACUUACGGAAUGGUGUGGAAGGUUUUUAGACAAAAUGAUGUCUCCAGAAGUGAUAGACAUGAUGCCAAAAGAGCUGAGAUUAAUUGCUCGUUUUAUUGGGCAAGUGAGUGAUUCAUUGCAACUAGAUACGCCAGUAUUAAUUGGUGGCUAUAUCAUGUUGCGUUUUUUCAACCCAGCAAUUGCUACUCCAGAUGCCAUGAACUUGACAACAAAGAAAAAGACCAAGGUUUCUCAAAGAAACUUUAUUUUAAUCACUAAGGUAAUACAAAACUUAGCUAAUAAUGUUUUGUUCGGAAAUAAGGAAAGGUUUAUGAUUUGUAUGAACGACUUCCUUACACAGAAGAAGGAUGUCAUGAGAGAGUAUUUAAUGUCUAUUAUUGAUUACUCGGAACAAGUUGAUACAUCAGACAGAAACAUUCUUCCAUUUGAAAAGAGUGAGCUAAAUGUUGCAGUUGAUCCUAAGAGCAUUGAUUUAUCUAAGUUCGACAAACGGGAUUUGGAUAAGUUUUACAAACUAUUUUUUGAAUAUUCUCCUCAAAUAGUUGAAUUUAUGACAGAAGAGGGAAUAACAAAGGAGAUAAAGCCUAUCAGAGAAAUUAUGAACUCUUGUUUAGAGGUGAUAGAACUCGUAGAGAAAUUAGGAGAGCCAGUUGGCUUCAAUUCAACUCCACAAACACCAACACCACAGUCCGAAGAUAGUGACGACGACCCUCUUGAUGCUUGCACGAUUCAAAUGGAAAAAAUCUUCUCGAAACUUUGCACUCAGAUAUGGAAACACUCUACCAAGAUCGAUGGAACAGCAACUGAGAGCAAAUACUUCUUUUAUAGAGGAAAUAAUAUCCUAACAUCAUUUGAAGAGAAGUUAAUGGUCUAUUAUCUGAUAGGAACUCGUCUUAAAGAUGUCGACUUUAACGAAGGAUUUGGAGAAGUACUGUUCCAUUUUAUCAAAGUAUUGAGGCCAUCUUUUGAAAAUAUCAGACCACCUUCUGCAAAAACUGAACUGGACAAAUACUCCAAGAAGUUUAUGCUUAUUCUUGAUCUGAGUUAUGUUUGUCUCAAUGAUGCUCAAAAAGAUGCAUUGGGACUCAUCCUUAACAGGUUUUCCCGACUACUAACACUGGCUCAACAAAAGCAACUGUAUCAAACAGUAGUUCUUCACGCUCCAAACAUGACUUACCUUCCAACAUCAAUUGUUAAAUUCUUUGCAAAAACGAAACUGGCUGUCUCUGCAAAGAAACAAAAAGACUAUCUCAAAAAGAUUGUACUGAUGGAUGAUUAUUCAAGGUUGAUCUCGCAUGGCUUCAAAAGAGAGGAAGACAUUUUACUUCCUGAAAUUUCCAAGUUCAAUGUACCAAAAACAUACAAAAUUAUCAAAGUGAAUCCAAAAGGAAAGCACCAAGAAAGACUUCUCAAAAUUACCAUGAUGUCUUUAUUGAAUAUCGAUCCAAAGAGUAAGAUUGUUAAGAACGAGAGAUUACUUUCGGAAAUUGAGGAAAUCUCUGCUCCUCCCUCAAAUCUUGAGAUUCACAUGAGAUUUAGACCUAUUACGCCAAAAACAGAUCAACCAAUUCCAUAUUUCCCAGAUAAUAUGGAAGAUGAGGAAACAGAUGAUGACUCCAAUGAUGUAGCUGUAAAGAAAAAGAAAAAAUUCGAGGUUGGAUUUAGAAGAUAUAUUGUGAAUAGCGAGCAAGAGAGAGAGGCAGUACUAGAGGAGAUAUUUGAGACUGUUGUUAGAUCUCAAUAUUGUACAACAUAUCAAUCGUUUAGUGCGCUUCUUUACAAAGGCACUUCCAAAAAGGCAAAGAGACUGCUCAAACUUACAGCAGAUUCAAUACUGGAGGUGUCAGGCAGAACUAUUAAGAAUGAAUUUCCAUUCAUUGGAAUAGAAUAUUGCAGAAUGUGUAGUGGUGUUUUAUCAUCACUGACAAACUUUGAUAAGGACGAAGAAGAGACGGAUCUACUGACCCUCCUGUCUUCUUCAUCAUUUACAGGAGCUGCUUCUACAAUUGCAGAAAAAGCAAAACAACCAGAAAAGCCUACCAUUCACAAAGACAUGGUAUCUCUAAAGAUGAAAAACGAAGAUACUGAACGCUAUUUCAUUAUUACUUCAACAGGUUUUGAACAAGAGGACACUCAUGUGUGUGCGCAAGAAUUUAUUAAGGCAAUCGAAGAAGGGGUAAAGCGCAACAAGGACAUUGUUUUGCAACGCAGCCUCUCUGAACCUGAAUUUUCUUUUGACACCAUUAACGGGGAUAUGGUAAUGAAGUCAGCUGAUGAUAAAACAUCUGACAAUACAGGUGUGGAUGGUAAAAAUACCAUCAGUACUAGUGAAUAG